CGGACUAGUAUAGCUUCGUAACAUCCCCGGCAGAAUAGGCUUUCGCCUGGUGUGAGGGAAGCGAACGGACUGCUAGUUCUAAAGGGACUGGGGUUGACAGCAAGAGGUCAGAAACUAAAUCUACAAGGUGAACAGUUCACAGACCAAAUCUACAAGGCUUUCCGCUGAGCCAAAUGAAAGAUGAUGCAAGAGACUUGCGGAUUGGUGGAAUUUUACACACCUCCAAAUGAAGUGAACUGACUCAGUGAGAGGGAUGCUGUCCAGGCUGCUGAGCAGUGCGCUCGUCCGGCUGGAGCCGGCGCUCUUCCGGGGCGUUCACACGGGGAUCCGCCCCGCCUCCACCACUGCCGCCCACCAAAAACGCGUGGAGCGCCCCCUGUCUGCGGAGGAGGUGUACGCUCGCGAGGAAAAAUACGGAGCACACAAUUACCACCCCCUCCCUGUGGCUCUGGAGAGAGGAGAAGGCAUCCACGUGUGGGACGUUGAAGGGCGCAGGUACUACGACUUCCUGAGCGCCUACAGUGCGGUGAACCAGGGCCACUGCCACCCCAAAAUCAUCGCCGCGCUCAACGGCCAGGCCUCCCGCCUCACGCUCACCUCCCGGGCCUUCUACAACGACGUCCUGGGCGAGUACGAGGAGUUCGUCACCAGCCUGUUCGGCUACCACAAGGUCCUGCCCAUGAACACAGGUGUUGAAGCGGGGGAAACAGCCUGUAAACUGGCCCGGAAAUGGGCGUACAAUGUAAAGGGCGUUCCGAAGAACAAAGCCAAGAUUAUCUUCGCAGAGGGAAACUUUUGGGGGCGCACAAUGGCGGCCAUCUCCAGCUCCACAGACCCCAGCAGCUACGAGGGGUUCGGCCCCUUCAUGCCCGGGUUCGAGCUCGUUCCUUACAACGACCUGCCAGCACUGGAGCGGGCCCUGCAGGACCCUAACGUGGCAGCCUUCAUGGUGGAGCCCAUCCAGGGAGAGGCUGGGGUGGUGGUACCAGAACCAGGGUACCUGACCAGAGUGAGGGAGCUGUGUAGUCAGCACAAUGUUCUGUUCAUCGCUGACGAGGUGCAGACGGGCCUUGCGCGUACGGGCCGGAGGCUGGCUGUAGACCACGAGGUGGUGCGUCCGGACCUGGUGAUGCUGGGGAAGGCGCUUUCCGGAGGAGUCUAUCCGGUGUCUGCGGUGCUGUGUGAUGAUGAGGUCAUGCUGACCAUCAAGCCCGGGGAGCACGGCUCCACUUACGGAGGAAACCCCCUGGCCUGCCGCAUCGCCAUCGCUGCCCUGGAGGUUCUGGAGGAGGAGAAGUUGGCAGAGAACGCUGAUAAGAUGGGCCAGCUCCUGAGGGCGGAGCUGAGGAAACUGCCCGACGACAUCGUCACCACGGUGCGGGGGAAAGGCCUACUCAACGCCAUCGUCAUCAAGGAGACAAAAGACUACGACGCCUGGAAGGUGUGCCUGCGCCUUCGAGACAACGGCCUCCUGGCUAAACCCACGCACGGCGACAUCAUCAGAUUUGCCCCGCCCCUCAUCAUCAAGGAGGAUGAGAUCAGAGAGUGCAGUGACAUCAUCAAGAAGACCAUUCUGUCCUUCUGAGUCAUCUGACUUCUCCCAGACUACCAUCUUUUAUUGGCUACAAACUUUCAGACUGAUCCUGCUAUAAGCUGUCAACAAGAAUGUAUCCCCCAAUGAAGUAUGGCACCUUUCGACAUACGAAUAACUUUAACAUUUAAAAAGUGUGACCCAGAACCCUUCAGACAGUAUUCUUCCAGAGCUAUGUUUGUUGGGGCAUUCAUGAUUUUAAAGAUUACACUGUGGUAGUCUUAAUUUGAUCCUUUUAGCGAUGACUGGUGCAUACUGCUGUUAGCGUUGGUAAGAGCCAGUAGUUCCGUGGGUUACUGCUUGUUUUAAUUUUGGUUUAUCAGUUUAUGUUCUACAACAAUAGCAUGUUGUACAAUAAUAUCUCCGGGCCAAUAAUAGGUCAUAUGUUUGGGCCAGAGCGAUAAUAGUUCUGGCCUGUCCUUAUCAUGCAAUCUCACAAUUAAUGCGGUAACAAUCACAGGAUAUCCCAUAAUCACACAAAUACGGUUUUAAGCUUAACCAAAAUAUUUCAUCCAAAAACAGAACGCAUCUUAAAACACAUUGCAUAAGUGUGGAACGAAAAAAUAUGAAUAUAGGUUCAUUCUGUAUGUUUUUAAAAAAUAAGAAUGUUGGUUGUUUUUAAGUGAGAUAUUCAAUUUAAAUGGAUACGGAUGAUGUCACUACUGAAGAAUGUGGUUUGAAACCCGCAGCUCUUAAAGGGGGCACAGCGGAUAGUUAAGGGCAGGAGGGUUGUCCUGCCUUUAGGCCAGCGGUGCUCAUUUCACUGCUCAGGGAUCCAUCACUAAGACACCCUGGAGAAACUGUGAAGCUGGGAAGAUGAAAUAUGAAAAUCGAGAGGGGGGGGGGGGGGGGAGCUGUGGGUAUCACGAGUACAGAACUUGGUGUUUGCACUUUUUUUGCUGUACAAUAUUGAAUAUUUUGCUCUUCUAUCUGAUGAAAGUUGAAUGGACUCGACUGUGAUGUAUGCCUGCAGAGUUUGCAAUGCAUUGCUGAAUCCCAAAUUAGUGCAAUUCUUCAACCAAUGGAUCCAAAUAUGUAUCACCAUUUGCUGUUCUUACCAGAAACUUCACUGUAACAUUUGCAUUCUGUUCAAUUGGCAAUAGCGUACAGGUCAAUAUCAUUUUGGGGGGAAAUUGUUGCAAACCUAUUUUAAUAAAAUUUGGGAAAGUA